CGGCUAAUUUUCUCGGACACUAGCCGUUACGGCUGCGGGUUGCAACAAAGCCCUUUCACUUCCCUUCCCCUUCCACCUUCUGCAUAAGUUCUCCGCGGAUCCGACCAAAAAAAGCCCACCAAGAAACAGAAACUGCUCCGCGAAGCAAUCCUCCCUCUCUCGGCUCCUCGAUCCCAUCGUCCUCCGCCGCCGCAAGCGAACCCAGCGACCGGGGGGACGACGCCGUCUCGCGACCAAAGCUCUCUGACAUCCCUCGCUCCUUUCUUUUCUUUACGAAUCUGUUUGUUGAAUUGCCUGUCUUCGUGUGGUGAUCCUUGUUGAUUUGUUGCGUUGGAUUGUUCGUCCGCGUUGUUAACCUUGAUACGGUUCCUUGAUCUUCGGUAAUAUCUUGGCGUUAGGAUAUCUGCGCGUGAAUUCUUUUUCUUUGGUAGUUACCUGCGCGUGUUGAUUGCUGAUCGAAUUCUUGCUUGUAUUGCUCGUCUGCGUUGAUCUUGUUCGUGGUGGUGGUAGAUCCCUUCUAGGUGUUGUGUGCCCUGUCUCUUUUUUAUUGUUCUUGUUGCUUCUAGUUCUAACCCAUGGACGCAGGCUCGAAGUCGAUCUCGUCGCAGAAGAGCAGCAGCCGGCGCGCGGCGCCGCGGCCGCCGCUCCAGGAGGCCGGCUCCAGGCCGUACAUGCCAUCGCUGAGCACGGCGUCACGCAACCCGUCGGCCAAGUGCUAUGGCGACAGGUUUAUCCCUGACAGGUCGGCGAUGGAUAUGGACAUGGCGCACUACCUGCUGACGGAGCCAAGGAAGGGCAAGGAGAACCCGGCGGCGUCCCCGGCCAAGGAGGUGUACCGGAAGCUGUUGGCCGAGAAGCUGCUCAACAACCGCACCAGGAUUCUCGCCUUCCGGAGCAAGCCACCAGAGCCCGAGAGCAUCCUCACGGAUCUCCAUGCUGAUGCGGCCUCCCUCCAAGCCAAGCCGGCGAAGCAGCGCCGACACAUUUCUCAGUCUGCGGAUAGGACUCUGGAUGCGCCAGAGCUCGUUGACGAUUACUACCUCAACCUCCUAGAUUGGGGAAGCAACAACGUGCUGUCCAUUGCGCUGGGCAACACGGUGUACCUCUGGGACGCCUCCAGUGGGUCUACGUCUGAGCUCGUUACCAUUGAUGAGGACUAUGGUCCCGCCACAAGCGUCAGCUGGGCUCCUGAUGGUCGUCACAUUGCCGUUGGCCUCAACUCCUCUGAUGUCCAGCUCUGGGACUCUAGCUCGAACCGACUGUUGAGGACACUGCGAGGGGUGCACGAGUUGAGGGUCGGUUCCUUGGCAUGGAACAACAACAUCCUGACAACUGCUGGCAUGGACGGCAAGAUCGUGAACAAUGAUGUCAGGGUUAGAAACCAUAUUGUGCAGACAUACCAUGGGCAUCAGCAGGAGGUGUGUGGACUAAAGUGGUCAGGAUCAGGGCAGCAACUGGCCAGUGGUGGCAAUGACAACCUCCUGCACAUAUGGGAUGUGUCCAUGGCAUCCUCGGUACCAUCCACAGGGCGUACGCAAUGGUUGCACAGGCUGGAGGACCACCUGGCUGCUGUUAAGGCACUGGCAUGGUGCCCAUUCCAGAGCAACCUUCUGGCAUCUGGCGGCGGUGGCGGUGACCGGUGCAUCAAGUUUUGGAACACCCACACUGGCGCAUGCCUCAACUCUGUCGACACUGGAUCGCAAGUGUGCGCGCUGCUCUGGAACAAGAACGAGAGAGAGUUGCUGAGCUCACAUGGAUUCACUCAGAAUCAGCUCACCUUGUGGAAGUACCCGUCGAUGGUUAAGAUGGCUGAACUCAAUGGCCAUACCUCCCGUGUUCUAUUCAUGGCUCAGAGCCCUGACGGAUGUACUGUGGCAUCUGCUGCAGCAGAUGAGACCCUACGGUUCUGGAAUGUGUUUGGAACUCCUGAAGCAGCGCCUAAGGCUGGAGCCAAGGCUUCCCACACUGGGAUCUUCAACAGUUUCAACCAUAUCCGAUGAGGAGAAAAUGCCUUCACUGUUCUCAAGAGGCCCUCCAGAGUUCCAGACCUGUUGAUAGGAACGGGUCGGAUGACAUUCACUGUAAAUCGUCGUCGGAGCUGAUGCUGCAUAGAAGAUAUCUUCAUACUCUAUUCUAGCAAGAAUUAUGUGUUGGCGUGUGUACAGUAAUUGACUAGUAUUGGGGUUUUCUAGCGCUGUAACACACAUUUACAUUAUACUUCUCCUUGGUAUGCUGGUAACAUUGGUUGCUGCUCCACACCGUUCCAUAAGCGUUGUAUAUAACUUUUGGAUAUAAAUUGGAACUAUAGCUUUUCUAUGA